AUGUCAUUUUCGUCGUUACCGAUCAUUGAUCUUAAAGACGAUGAAUCAACAAUCGUAAAGUUGAUGUUGAAUGCUUGUUCGACCACCGGAUUUUUCUAUCUCCGUAAUCAUGGCCUAUUGGAUGCACAACAACGCAUGUUUACAUUAGCCAAAGAAUUUUUUCGUCUUCCAUUAAAUGUUAAAGAGGAACAUUUAAUUACGAAGGAUAAUCAUGGUUACGUUCGACGUGGACAAGAAAAUCUUACAACUAGUACGGCAAAAUUAAUCGACGAGAAAGAAGCUUUCAAUAUAGCGAAAUAUUUUCAGUCAGAUCAACUACCUACCAUAUUUGCUCAACCGGAUAAUUACCAAUUCAUUCUCCAGUUUCAACAAGAUUGUUAUGCUUUGUGUAUGGCAUUAUUAACUUAUCUUGCUCAAAGUUUUCAAGUCGACUCCGAUUAUUUCACUUCGAGACAUAAAUGGGAGGAGAAGUCAGCAGAUACGCUUCGACUUCUUCAUUAUCCGGCUGUACAAAACUAUUCCGAUGCAUCAAUUCGUGCUGGUGAACAUUCCGAUUAUGGUUCGAUCACGCUUCUUUUUCAGCAUUUAAAUCAAUCAGGUCUUGAAGUACUUGAUCGUUCAACGAAUACUUGGUAUCCCGUUGAACCGUACAAUGAUAUGUUGGUAGUUAACUUUGGUGAUGCUUUUGAAUAUUGGUCGAAAGGUUUCAUUAAAAGUACAGUUCAUCGUGUCGCAAUGCCAAUCUUGGAUACGGCAAAAGAGAAUGAACGAUUUUCGAUUGCUUAUUUUUGUCAUCCAAAUGAUUCUACAUUAUUGACACCAGUUCCGUCGAAAUUAAUUCUCAAUCGAACGUUCGAGAAAGAUGCACAUGCAAAACUAGCACUUGAUCAUGAGAAUGAAGAAACAUUAACGGCUGGGGAACAUUUCCAGAGGAGAAUUAACAAAACAUAUACUUAUUAA